AAUGGAUACCAGUUAAUCCGAAACACCGGAUUCAAACUUCACCAUGGCCGCACUGUCAGGAGGAACAAACCUCGGGCUUCCCGGGAUAAGUCAAGGCAUUCUCGCAGCUUUUGCACACCGGAAAAAAGAUACCAGCCCGUCCACAAGGUUCUGGGAGAGUCCGGACAGCGUCGCGCAGCUGGAGGGGGUCCGACAGUGGAUCGGGAAGCACUACAAAAAGCAUGUCCUGGUGGAUUCCCCAUCCUGUCAGGCUCUGGCUGCAGUCACCCUGCAGCUUCUGCAGUUCCAAGAGGAUGCUUUUGGACGACAAGCAGUCAGUCCUGCACUCACCAAACUACCUGCACAGUGCUUCCUGGAUUUGGGGCCAGGUGGCGGCCUCUGUCACAUUCUGGGCACUGCGUACAAGUUCAAGGUGGAACAAGGCUGGCGGCGAUUUGACCUGCAGAAUCCGUCCAGAACUGAGAGGAAUGUGGAUAUGUUUGUUACAAUUGAGAAAGCACUUACACAGAACAACUGUAUGUCUCUACCUGUGGUGUACCUGGACCCGAGCCUGGAUCAAGAGCUGAGCAGCAGACUGAGUGGUAUCAUCACUAAACACCAGGGCACGGUCACUGAGGACAGGAUGCUCGCCAGUCAUCACGUCUACGCGUCGCCAUCUUCUACCGAGGAGGAUGAGUGGAUGCGUCCUGUUAUGAAGAAAGACAAGCAUGUCUUGGUGCACUGGGGCAUGCACCCCGACAGUUAUGACAGCUGGCUUUCCUCCAGUGAUGUUGAGGCAGAGGUUGAGGAGCCGCCACAUCCAGAAAGGCCCUGGAAGGUCCAUGCUGGUUGGGUUCUCGACACAGAUGUCUUCAAUGAGUGGAUGAAUGAGGAGGAUUAUUGUGUGGAUGAGAGGAAUGUCCCCGUCAUCCUCCGUCGGCGGAUUCAUCUCCAAGGUGAUCAGUUUUCGUCUGUAUUUGUUACAGGAUCCAAAAGUCACCCCAUCGAAAAGAGAAGGCGCUCCCCUUCUCCUCCUGCCACUGAAGGCAGGAAGAAAGGAAAAAAGGGGAGAAGGCGCGGACAACCAGAGGAAGAGCCAGAAGAGGACCUGACCAAAGACAUGGAGGAUCCCACGCCGGUGCCCAACAUGGAGGAGGUUGUUCUGCCCAAAAAUGUGAACUUGAAGAAAGACAGUGAGAAUACGCCUGUGAAAGGAGGAAUCAUGGCUGACCUGGAUGAUCAAGAAGAUGAUUUUCCAGGAAGGGACGACGAGGACGGAAGAAGUGAAAUCCCGCGGCUCUCAGAAGGAGAGGAAAAUAUCACGGAACAAACGCAUCACAUUAUAAUACCAAGCUACACCUCUUGGUUUAAUUACAACAGCAUUCACUCAAUAGAGAAACGUGCGCUGCCUGAAUUCUUUAACGGAAAGAACAAAUCGAAAUCUCCUGAAAUCUUCCUGGCAUAUCGAAACUUCAUGAUCGACACGUAUCGGCUCAACCCCCAGGAGUAUCUCAGUUCAACGUCCUGCAGACGAAACCUCACCGGAGAUGUCUGUGCCGUCAUGAGGGUUCAUGCAUUUCUGGAGCAGUGGGGUUUGAUCAACUACCAAGUGGAUGCAGAGAGCCGCCCUCUCCCCAUGGGGCCUCCACCCACGCCACAUUUCAACGUCCUGGCUGACACGCCGUCUGGGCUGGCCCCCUUACAGCACAAACCCCUCCAGGUUUCGGCAUCGCAGCACAUGUUGUAUUUCCCUGAAAGGAGCAGAGAGAAGCCGUCAGACUGCCAAAACUUCGGUCUGCGCACUGACAUCUACGCCAGGAAACACCCCAAGACUAAAGGAGCGAGUGCAGGGAGGGAAUGGACAGAGCAGGAGACACUCCUGCUACUGGAAGCUCUGGAGGUUUACAGAGACGACUGGAACAAAGUGUCGGAGCACGUGGGCUCCAGAACGCAGGACGAAUGUAUACUUCACUUCCUUCGUUUACCAAUAGAAGACCCUUACCUGGAGGACUCGUCGGCCUCUCUGGGCCCACUGGCGUAUCAACCUGUGCCUUUCAGCCAGUCGGAAAACCCUGUCAUGAGCACCGUGGCCUUCCUGGCGUCUGUGGUGGAUCCACGCGUGGCGUCAGCUGCAGCGAAGGCGGCGCUGGAGGAGUUUUCUCAAGUGCAAGAGGAAUCCGUGGAUAAAACCUCUGAGAAGUCCAACCUAACAGAAAAAACAGAAUUAAUGGAUGUAGAGAAUCUGGAGACAAACUCCAGUUCUCAUCAGGUCCCAGCGAGAGCCGACGGCCUCCAGCUGGAACCCAGCGGGCCGAAGGUGGAAGGAGAGCGAGUGAAAAGGGAACACAUUGAGAACAUGCUUCCCGAGGAGAGAGACGGAAGAGGAGAUGAUGAUGAGAGCAUCGGGCGUCGUGAGGGAGAUGGAGAUGAGGGGAGGAGGGUGAUGGAGCUGGAGCUGGUGGAGAGCAGCGUCUCCACAGCGGCUGCUGCUGCUCUGACCUCAGCUGCCACCAAGGCCAAGCACUUGGCAGCAGUAGAGGAGAGGAAGAUCAAGUCCCUGGUGGCUCUGCUGGUGGAGACCCAGAUGAAGAAGCUGGAGAUCAAGCUCAGACACUUCGAGGAGCUGGAGACCAUCAUGGAUCGAGAGAAAGAGGCUUUGGAGCAGCAGCGUCAACAACUCCUGUCUGAGAGGCAGACUUUCCACACGGAGCAGCUGAAGCAGGCAGAGAUCAAAGUCCGCCAGCAGAGGGAGCAGCAGGGCCAGGCGGGCUACACGGUGCAGCAUUCAGGUCAGCCUGUGUCCAAUCGGAUGAUUCCUGCUGGAGCAAACGCCCAGUCGAUGGCCUCUCGACACCCUGGAGCUCCCAACGGCAUGUACCCGUCCUCACAGCCUGAUGGGAUAGCUCCUGCUCAAACCGGCCCUCCAUCAUCCAGUCACAACUAAACUGGAGAACAAAAGGUUUUCUUUCAGCUAAAUAAUGUUGUCUGUUCCGUCAGUGUUGACUUGGUUGAAAAGUUUGACAAGAAUGUCAACACAAGUGAUGUGUCGCGUUAUCGUCCCAGCCUGUCUUUUGUUUGUGAAAUGUGUGUGUCCUGAAGUGAGAGUCGAGGAAUCUUCAGUUUCAUCCUGACUCAUUAAAGUUGCCUUUUUUAAGAAGC